AUGUCCGAAGGCAGUGGGGUCGAGGUGGGAACGACUGGAGCCGCUACGACACCACCUGUGACCGAGGAGGACACCUCCGCCGAUGCGGAGUCGACAGGUGCGGUUACCGCUGCACCACCCGAAUAUUCUACAGCCGAGCUCGAGACGACUGGCGCCGCUACUACGACAGCGACCAAGGAUGCCCUUGAUACUACUACUACUAUUCAAAUGCAGACGACUGGGGCCUUUACCUCGUCGCAAAGAGCAGACGCGAUGACAGCCAAUUUGGAGACUACCGGCGCUAUUUCCGCGGCAGCAACAACUGAGCAGUCCUUCGCAUCUAGUGGGACGACGGAAGCUCCUGCCCCGACAGUUACGGAGACCAAAGAUGCUGCCGCGGAGACGGAGUCGACUGAGGCCUUCACCACGGCAGCCCAGGGCACCACCGCUGAAGCCGAGACGAUGGAGACCACCGCGGACGCAGGCGCCGCGGCGAUGGAGACCACAGAGGCACCGCCGCCAGACGGGCAGUACCAGAUUACUGGCAAUUUCACCCUCCAGACUGACAACGGCACGUCCGAGCUGAUAGAGGAAGCCGUGACCAAUGCCCUCGUAGACCAUUUCAACUCGACGGAUGUGCAGGUCCAGGUCGUGGUGACAGACGCAGCUGAUGGCGCGGAUGCCUCGUCGAACGCCACGUCGGCAUCUGGCGGGCGCCGACUGGCGAGUGCGCACUACGUCGACUACACCAUCACGACCACCGCCGCCUCGCUCGCUACCCACCUCGAGGCCGCCAGUCGGAUCAACAGCCCCGAUUUCCUGGCGCUCCUGCACGGCCACCUGCUGGCGGUGGGUGGCAUCACCGGCGCCGCGAUGGUUGGGGUCGAGGCAGUGGGGUCGAAUCUCGCCACUGAGCUGGGCCUGGACGACGGCGGGGCUGCGAGCGCGCUCCCCGUCGCCAUCGGCGUCAUCCUCACCACCGUGUGCCUCGUCUGCUGCGUAACCCGGCGCCGCACGACCAUCGCGGCCCUCCGAGCGGUCCGCGGGCGGCUCGGCAAGGGGCGGCGCCAAGAGGGCGAGGACGUGAUCAUGGACGUCGAGCAGCCGGAGGAAGAGUACCCUCCGAGGCGCCCCAGGGGCGUUCCGGAAGCCGACGACCUGCCUGGGCCAGAGGCGCCGCCGAAGGUCCCGCCAGUCGUCGAGGAGCACGAGGAGCUCCGCCACCUGUCGCCCGCGAGCUGGCUGGGCAGCGCCCCUCCGAGCGAGCUGGGGGAGCCGACGGCCCGCGAGUGGCUCGGGAGGGAGAACUCGUCCUCCUCCCUCGCCUCGAGCAGGUGGUCGGCGGAGUCCGCCUCGGCGCGCUCGCGCGCGCGGCGCCCCGGGAGCCUGAACAAGAUGCCCCGGCCCCGCGCGCGGCCGCGGCCGGAGAGCGACGAG